AUGAAUGACAUUGACGACUAUUACGAUUCUUUUUUAAGACCCUGUAGCAGGGCAUCGUUCAUCAACUCGGUGACCAUUGAAGAAAAAGGUCAUUUGGACAAUGGGAAAUGGAGUUUCGAAGGCAGAAGGAAGGCGAUUGAUUUAGCGUUUGCGAGAGCAUUGCUGCAACCCGAUGUACAAUUUGAGGAGCUUGUUGCGCUGGAUGCCGACUUCCUGAAACAGCAGAGCCCUGUGUACGGUGUAAUAUUCCUCUUCAAAUACCCUAAGGGUGAAAAACCUACCGACUCGCCUAAGGACGGCAUUUUCGACUUUGAAGCUGCUGAAAAUCUCUUUUUUGCUGCGCAGACCAUACAGAAUGCUUGCGGCACACAGGCACUACUUUCCGUCCUCCUCAACAAAGAGGGUCAAGUGGAGAUUGGGACGCAGUUGAAAGAGUUCAAGGACUUCACGAACGCAUUUCCCUCGGACCUGCGAGGCGAGGCUUUAUCCAACUCCGAGCUCAUUCGCGAUGUUCACAAUUCUUUCGCCCGAGCCUCACCUUUCGUGUCAGAGGAUCAAAGACUGGCAACUGAGGAGGAGGAUGUCUAUCACUUUAUUGCGUACACCCCCAUCAAUGGCACUCUCUACGAACUUGAUGGGCUGCAACCCGCGCCGAUAUCACACGGCGCCUCUUCGUUCGACGAAUUUCCAAGCAAGGUCAUACCAGUCCUUCAGAGAAGAAUCGAGCGUUAUCCGCCCGGCGAGAUCCACUUCAACCUGUUAGCAAUGGUGAGAGAUCUGCGCAUUCGCGCACAAGAGAUCGGCGACCAGGAUGCGCUAUACCAGGAGCGCCAGAAGCGGAAUGCGUGGCAUUGGGAAAAUGCCCUGAGACGGCAUAAUUUUAUUGGAUUUAUUGGGGAGACAAUGAAAGGUGUAACCACGGCGAAGCUCAAGGAUGGGGAUGGCGCAUACGAAAAAUGGAUUGAGGAUGCAAAAGACAGGACGAAAAUUAGGGUAGAGGAGAAGAGGAAGAGAGGUAGAGGCGAAGAGACGGUUGGAUAG